GACUUACAGAUACGGACCAGCUGGUGUUUCUUCGCGCUAUGGCUGAAGGCCAGGCGAAAGCGGCGCUUGAGGUUGGUGCAGCAGGCAUGGAUGCUCUGGAGGUGGGAGCAAGAGAAUCAAGCUCAGGUUGAGGAACGGCGGCUGAUCUUGAGGAAGACAGCGCUCGCAUUGGAGGAGUCAGACCUGGUCUUAGCGCUGUAUCAUUUCGCGUACGUGGCAAGAGACCUGAGGUUGGAGGCAACCGGCUUUCCAGUUCAGCGUUACCAUGCAGACAGGGCUCAAGAGUUAAGGGCGGAGUUAGCGGUUCAGCAGUUGAAAGCGUUUGUCCGCAAGUUACUCUUUGUAGCGGAGUUGGGCAAGGGUUAUUGGUUCCCAUGUUGCCAUUUGGGUUGCGAGUUCAUGCCCGUAGGCCACCUGGUGUUGGUUCCAUCUGAGACCCCUGGUGACAUGAAGGUUCUUCUUACUAACACGGUUUAUCCCCUCAGUGCGGAGUUGAAAAGGGACUCCAAGCCUCGCUAUCGCUUGAAGGGCAAGCGCUCCGUGGCGGACUCUGGGUUGAAGAUGAGCGAAAUUGUGGUCCGGUUGGUAAGAGAAGUUCGUUGGGUGAUUUCUGCUUUCACUCCUAGGGAUAUUGCUGUAACCACGAAGGAGCAGUGGUUGGCUGUGGAGCCUGAUUUGAAAUUGCCGGAGUGUGUAGAGUGGGCUGCGUUGCAGAGGGAGAUACCCUUGUCUACAGGAUUGCCGGAAGCUCGAAAGGAGCUUGAGAAGUGGAAGGAUCCUGCUUUAGAAGAGGUUAGUAGUGCUUACCAGAAAGUCAGGGAAGAUCUUUAUGCUUCGGGAGCGGAGUCGCUUUCGGUAAAGAUUGCUCUUAUCUUUGCAGCGGGACAUCCGGAUUGGACUGGUGUUACCAUUGAUGUGAAAUCGGCAUUUUUGUAUGCCCCUAUUCGGAGCGACACCAAGGGCACUGAGGAGCGCAUCAUUGUGAAGCCGCCGCACUUCUUGUUGGAGCUGGGCAUAAUGACCAAAGAAGACAGGUGGUGGAUCCGUAAGGCUCUUUACGGGUUGCCGACGUCGCCUCGGGACUGGGGAAGAUACAGAGAUGCUGAAUUUGCAAAAUUCCGCUUGCAUUGGGGAGAGGAUGAAUAUCACUUGGUGCAAACCAUUUCCGACGACGCGUUGUGGGUAGCGCGAAGAGCUACAAAGGCAGGGUACGGGGAUAUAGAAGGCCUCCUGGUCGUGUACGUCGAUGAUCUAUUGUUCCUAGCCCCGCAAGGGCUUGGGGAAGCUUUUGUGACGGCUGUUCAGGAGAGGUGGAAGACCUCUACUCCAGAAUGGCUCAGCACGAGGCCGUUGACGUUUUGCGGCAUGGAACUAUCCCAACAUGAUAAUGGAUAUCGUAUGAGUCAAUCUGCGUAUGUGCGUGAACUGUUGGGGCGCUACUGUGUCGAAGAGUCUGCGUCAGCACCGAUCACAAGAUGGACAGAGCCAGAUGAGGGACCCCCGCCUGUAGCGGAGGAAGUGAAAGAAGCUCAAGCGAUAACGGGAGCCCUUUUAUGGUUGUCGUCUACUGUGGACGUGGGGAUAGAUGUUCCAUACGUUAUCGGCAGCGUUCCAGUUAUGUGGGAGUCAUCACGGCAAUCGUUUGUAGCGGAGGCAGUCCAACCUUUGGUAAGUGAGCUCAUCGAGCAGGAUAUUACGAUAUCGCUGCUCGCAGACAACGAAGCAGCUAUCCGCGCAUUUGAUGCGGCCCCGGCCGGUUGGCGGAGUCGAGAGUACCAGAUCGCUGAUAUAGCGACGAAACCAUUAGCCCGCUUGGCGUUACUGGCAAUGCUUCCGCGAGCCAAAGGGCAGCCAGCUGAAGACCGGCUGGAUGUCAGCGUUGGCUGGUUAGCUUGGGUCUUUGGUGUGGUGGCUACUGGUGUGGCAUGUCUUUGGGGAUGGUGGUGGGUUUCUAGUGGGAUGGAGCCGGUUUUGGUGGGUGGUUUUGAGGGCCUUGUUUUUGAAGAGGAUAUUGAACUGGAUGAAGAGGUAGGGAGUGGAGCUCUAGAUACCUUUUCUGAAGGGGCAGUGUCAGUGGAGGCCCCACUCACAGGGCAGGCGACCCCUCUAGAAGCCUCUGGUUCCCAGGGAAAGUGUGGGGUAGGUGCUAGGACUGUUUCGGGCUCUGAAGGGGGUUCGGAAGAUGAGGAUUUUACGCAUCAGGAAUGGUUGGCGGCGCAAGCCAAAUUUGAAAGGGAGGAAAGGUUUACAGGGUUAACCUUUGUGCAGAGAUGUAAGCUUCGACGGGCUUUGGCUCGUGGGGAAGUCAUCGACCCGCCAGUGUUUCAGCAACGUUUCGGGCUUCCACCGGAAUGGCUUACGACGUUUCGGGACCAGGACUCAGAAGAGGUAGGGUCUUCGGCUUCGGGAGCUGCUUCGGAAGUAGGAGAGGCAACGACAGUGGGGCCAGGGACUUUUGAGUUGUUGAGGCUUCUUGACCUGCAAGGAAGGUUGCUGUUAGGAUGCCUGAACGGUCGGUCUGCAGAGUGGGUUUGUCUUCGGCGAACAGCUAGAGCGGUGUUCUACCAUCCGUUGAUGAUCUUAGCUGCAAGGCCGGGAACUUCUGAGUUGUUGAGACUCCUUGAUCUGCAAGGAGGGUUGCUGUUGGGAUGCCUGGGUAUUAGGUCUGCAGAAUGGGGUUGUCUUCGACGGACAGCUAGGGCUGUUUUUCACCAUGCGUUGAUGAUCUUAGCUGCAAGAUUUCAAGAUACCGGGGUUCCUCAUACCCUCCCGAUAGGUAUGACAGGCCGUGUGGAGUUUCAUUUUGUGGCUGCCAAUGGUAGUUACAGCUGGGUGCCUGGGGAUUUUUUGGUUGGGAGCUCCAGUACCUCUUUCAACACCGGCCUUCAGGUUGGGGGGAGUUCAAGUGAAGUUCCUUCAGACGCCGGACUUCAGGUUGGGGGGAGUUCAGGUGAAGUUCCUUCAGAUGCCGGUCUUCAGGUUGGGGGGGUUUCAGGCGAGGUUUUAGCAGGCAUAGAUCCUUUGAGAGGGGUUCAGGUGCCAGGAAGCUUCAUCCCGUCACCAGAGGUUCAGGUAGGAGGAAGCGCGAGCAGCACUGAUCCUUGUCCAGCUAGGAACCACCAGUAUGGAGGGAGUUCGAGCAGCCAUGGAAUGGGACACCAUCAGGAUGAAUGGGGGUUGACCUAUGAGGAUCUAACCGCAACGGAAGUCAAUCCAGACGAUUUUCCGAUUGUAGGUGUAUGGUUUAGGACGCAUUUUUUGGUACAAGUCUUUUCGGUAGCUGGAACUGUCCUGCUGGAGUGGCUGGGAACGCGUGUUCCUGAAUGGCUGUGCUUGAGAAGCGUGUCAAGUGCCAUUCGGUAUGCGUUUGUUAGUUCUUUAGCGGGGAGUUUGCAGAGUGGACCCUACAUGGUAAUGUUUUCUGGGCCCCAGUGGCAGGUGGCAGUGGAGGAGUAUAUCCUAACAGGGUACCCUUUUAAUGAUGUGGGAGCAGAAGAUGAGCCAAGAGAAGGGUCCUCCGUAGCUUUGGUGGUUUCGACGGUGAGUUUUCCAUAUGUAGAGUGGCCUCCCACUGUGGUGGUACAUUUCCUGUGGAGAAUCUUCGCUUUGUGCGGGAGUCGAAUCCUAGCCUGUUUAGGGGAUCGGACCCCGGAGUGGGGGUGCAUGUAUGCCUCAGCUAAAGGGUUUCGCUCUCAUGUGGUGUAUGCCCUGAUAUGCUGGCUGCGAAGUACAGGUAUUCAAAGAAUUGCCGAUGGCCCUAUUUCUUACGAUGCAGCUCAGGCUUAUUUGAGAACAGGGGUGCGGUCCUAUCCGUUCGAAGCACUCUCAGAGGAUGAGGAUGUGGACAUCGACGAGAGACCGCAUCGCGCAAGACCUCCCGGUGGACCCGUAUUACGAUUGAGGCCCGUUGUAGAUGAGCUUCUGGAAGCCUCUUCUUCGGAAGGGGAAGUCAGCAGCUCGACUGCUGAGCCUUCAGAGAAUCUUGUCGAUUGGUCGGACGGGAAUGAGGAGGAGAGGGUUCCUCCUGGGACCCCCUCGCCAGCACUAGUUUAUCAGGCCGGGGAAGGUGUACUGCUCUGUUGGUAUGGGGAUGACUGCGUUCAGGUUCCUUUGCAGGGUUGGAGUAUAUCGGAUGUUGCUGCGAUUGGUCAGGGAUUGAAUACCGGUGACUGGUCUGUGUUUCAAAGGGUCAUUUCGGAAGGGGAUGCUGAAACCUCGGUAACCCCAGAAGAAGUUCAUGCGAUUCCUGGAGAGGAAGAGGACCCUGGUGUUGGGGGUUCAGGCUUUGAUGUAGGAAGCCCUCUCUUCGGGAGUAGCUGGAGAAGGUAUCGGGGAAUUUGGGUGUUUUUGCUGCUACUUUGGCUAGAGGUGCAGGCUGCUAGGGGUUAUGAGUUUUCCACAGGAGGUUUCGGUCCGGACUAUUGUCCUGAAAGCCAGGAACUUAUGCUUAGGCAGGCUUGGCCCCCCCAUCAAGAUGUGGAGAUACCUGAGGAAGACUGCGGUUGCCGGAGUAGCUCGUGUUGGUGGGAGGUAGUUAAGGUUGUUUUGGUAUUGUUGACCUGGGAAAUCGUACGACGUGGAUGCUGGUGUUGCCCUGCCUCACAAAGAAGGCUGGUAGAUGUCGGCUGUCAGACGAGUCUAUGGAACUUGGUCCCGUUGCCUUUGGGGGAACACGUUCGAUGUCGGGCCAAGAUUUUAUUUUGUCUGUGGCGCGCCGGCUUUAAGAUUGACGCCGAUGGGUAUCCAGAAAGGAUUCAGUCUGAAUUCAACGAGUUGGUAGGUGGUUAUCUUCUUAGGGUUGAGUCGGGUGGUGUCUCGAGUUCGGAUUCAGAUUGA